AUGAUGAUGCUCAAUAGUGGUGGUGGUGCGUUGUGUCGAUCGUUAUUGAUUGGUGCUCGUUCAUUUGCGACGACUGUAUCAUCAACAUCUACAUCGACAUCUACAUCAACAACAAGUGACACCACUUUUAUUAGUCGAUCAUAUAGUCGCAGUAGUAGUAGUAGUAUUAGUAGUAGUACAUAUAACAGACUAUCUACAUCAAGCAACAACAACAACAAUCCAUGUAUAUUUAAUCAUCAUACCUUUUUCACGAGUAGAUUCUAUUCGACUGUAAUCAUUGAUAGACCUACCACAACGACUACUUCAACCUCCUCUUCAUCAAAUAACAAUAAUAAUAACUUGAAUAAUCCAUCAUUUAGAAUGAGAUAUCAACAAAACAACAAAGAUAGAAAAGACAAAAAUAGAAAAGGUAAAAAUGAUAAUAAACAAGAUAAAGAAGGGAAACAAGAAGAAACGACAACGACAAAAGAAAGAAGAAUAUUGGCAAAUGGAGCACUAAGAUAUUCAAGAGAAGAAUUAAAGACAAUUGGAUUCUUGGACUUUGAAAGUAAUUGUUUCUUAUUAGGUGACCUAGAUAUGAUUGCACAAGAAUUGAAAAGAUAUUUAGCUGUACAUAUUGGUAAUGGUAGAGUGGCUCAUCAAAUGAUAAGAUUACAUCGAUUAGACGAGACACAGAAAUACCCGAUGGUAGUGGACCGCGAAGAGGUAGCUGCGCUGUUUCGACGAUCGUUGCAUUGCCUUGCACAACGCAUGCGUGACUUUGCUCACUACAGCCCGCAGACCACCUACGUGCCGGGCACGCGCACGGUCGAGCCGUUGACACCCGAGAAGGCACAGAUGAAACAGGAUCAUCUCGCGGUACUGGCAAUUCAGAAAAAGGCAAUGGAGACUAUCUUUGCCUACUUUUCAAAGUAUGGCAAGGAUAUGCGGUUCCUCGACUACUUUAUCCAAAAUGCACUCAACCGUCACUCUGUUCCACUCGACGAGUUGAUAAGGACGUUGCGCGAUGCCGAUGACUUUGAGUCGGUGUAUCGUGUGUACGAUUUGUGCGUCGAAAACAAGAUUGUCAUUUCUACGCCAUCGGCACAGAUCAUUCUCGAGCGAAUGUUGCACGAACGUCCCAACGAGAUUCCAAAGUUGAUUGCCUAUGUCAUGAACUCCAAGCCUGCCAACUUUGCACUGCUCUACAUCUACAAUGAGAUGAUUGGCAACUAUCUCGUACUCGAUCUAUUCGAACAGUUCCUCUUGACACUUGUCCGUCCAGAGACACAGUUCCUCCUCUACAACUAUACCAAUGCGAUGGUAUCGUACUAUCUCAUCGAAGGCAACUACAGUCAGGCACUCGCGCAUCUCGGUCGUUCCGCACAACACUACAACACACCUCCCCAUUACACAACCUCGACCAUUCCGUUGGUAUGGAAUGCCGUCAUAUCUACACUCGGCAACACCAACCAGACCGAGCGUCUCUUGCAGGUGCGCAGAAACUUUGAGGGACAAUAUUUCAUCUACACGGUGGCCGCCAUCGAGUCGUUUGCACGUCACAUGUACACACUUGGCCGUUGGAGUGAUCCCGAAAUACUACCCUUUUACUCAACCGCCAACCUUCACAUCCCACGCUCCAUUCGUCCCCAACUCAUCCGUCUCCAACAGUGCGAGAUUGAACAUCUCCUAUCACUCAACAAGAUCAACGAAGCAUACUCGUUAUUCAAAACUAUUAAAUCACCCAACAAUGCCAUCCUAUCAACUAUAUUCAAGGUGAUUGAAAUGAAAUUUGGAAAUAAUGAUAAUUAUGAAUCUCUCUCUAAAAAAUUAAUUAAUCAUAUCACUCCAAUUGUUGUUGGUACUAAACAACAAAAUCAAAAUGUCGUAAAAGAAGAAGAAGAAAAUCAAGAAAAAGAAUCAAACUCUACUUCUACAUCUACUUCUACUUCUACUACUACUUUUAGAAAUCAAUCAUUUGGAAUUACAUGGGGAGCAUUUUAUAGAUUAUUCUUUGAAAGAUUAUUAAAGAAUGAUAGAGCCGAUCUUAUCAACCAUUAUAUUUCCCAACAUCCAGAAUAUUUCAAGGGAGCUACCGUUUCAAAGGCAGUGGUUCAUUUGAUGAUCAAUGCACAAUUGACACCACACGACAAGAUACGAGUGUUCCUUGAACACUAUACACCACUCUGGACACGUUGUUCAGACGAUCUCCAUGCAUGUUUGUUAAAGGCCUACGAACAAUUGGCACCCAAUGACCGUGACCCAUCGGUUCUUCAGAAAUUAGAGUCAUUCAAAAUCUACAAGGAAGACCCAGACUCUUUUGACAAACACGAAAUAGCCAGCAUCUUUUAUUACAAUCUCAAUUUUAUCGAUACAAAAUUCAUCAACAAUCAAGUUAUCAACACUAAAGCAAUCCACAAAGAAAAAUAUUUUGAAAUGCGUAAUCUUAGACAAUCAAUAGAAGAUCAUCAAAAUAUGAAAGAUAAAAAAUUAAAUACUAGCAAUAGUAAUUGUGUUAAAUAA